AAAGGUGGCUAAAAAACAUUGACACUGUAAAAGACAAUAUUGUCCUUAGAUACAUGUUCCCAUUCAAAUGAUACUCAAAUGAGUCUAAAGUGAAAACCAAUUUUGAGCAUCAAUCAAUCAUGUACAGAGAAAAAUCAUUCUUAUGUUUCCUCCAAAUUAUGAUUUUUGUGCUACUACUGCAUCAUAAUCAUCAUUAAACAUGUGAUGCAACAAAUAGUAAAAACAAAACUUGUCCCCCAUCUUCAUGUGGCAAAAUCAGCAACAUAAAAUAUCCAUUUCGACUUAAGAAUGAUCCAACAACCUGUGGUGAUCCAAGGUACGAGUUAUCCUGCGAAAACAACAUGACAGUGCUACCUUUGUUUUCGGGUAAAUACUAUGUGAAAUCAAUAAACUAUAAAAACUACACAAUUCGGUUAGUUGAUCCCGGAAUUCAAGAGUCUGAAUCUGAUUGCUCCUCCAUUCCUCGGUAUUUCUUAACCACGUCAAAUUUCACAAGUUCUUACUAUCCUAGCUACCCCGGGGAUCCAUAUAAAACCUUCCAAGACAGAAUAGUUGGAACAUUACCAUUGUUCCAGCACGUAGUUUACAUGAAUUGUAGCAAUCCUGUAGGGGAUGAUUCCGCGUACGCGGAUACAUCUUCUUGCAUCAAGUUAAAUUCCCAAGGUGGCCAUGUUUAUGUCAUUGCUGGGGAUUUGACUGUUGGAAACUUGAAACACAAUGACUGCCACGUCGAGGUUGUUACCGCAAUAUCGUUUUUCGGUUAUAAUAUUAGUAAUGAUGAACCACUUAAUUUCUAUCAAAAGUUUUCCUAUAGUGAAAUUCAUAGGAUGUUGGUGAAUGGAUUUGAGGUAUCUUGGUUGAGUAGUCCUUGUGAAGAUCUUUGUGGAAACUCAAAUGAUUGCUAUUUAAGAGAAACCACUUGGAGUCCUAAAUGCAGCGAUCAUGGUGAUUACUGUAUAACCACAAUGGGAUUUCAUGUCGAUUGCGGAACUCCAUCAAAGCUGCGAAUGUUUGUCAAAGGUAAGGAGAAAUUUGUCCUUCUAAUAUGA